GCGUUUUGCGUUCUAGAGAGAAACUCCGGGCUUUAGAACUACAAGUACCACGUAGCACCGCACGGCGUCCGCUUACACUUCGAUUUGUUUUGGUUGAUGUAGACUGCGCUUUGUCACGGGGAGCCAAGGUUCACUGUUGCACUUUAACCUGGUUCUUACGCGUCUUUGACCCACUACUGACCGUUGGGAAAAACGCCUCCCCCUGGCUUUGCAUUUCGCCAUCCCCACCCUUUCGGCACCACCGCCUACCUCGUAGCCCUCUUAUCGGACCCCCAGAAGCUGGCCUGCUAGUUAGCAAAUAAGCUAACGAUCGCCAGAUUUCACCCAUGUCCUCUGAAGAAGGGUUCAGUUCAGCGAUCACAGAUUGGCUUUUUAUCAAUUCCUGGUGGCUCCUUCUUCCGUUCAUCAUGCUGCUCGUUGUAGCUGCCUUUAUCGUUGCUUUUGUGUUGCUGUUAUACAUGAUAUCGCCCCUCAUUAGUCCCAAGCCGCUUAAACUGAACGGGGCCCACGUCGUGGUGACGGGAGGUUCCAGUGGGAUUGGAAAAUGCAUUGCAAUUGAGUGCUACAGGCAAGGAGCGUUCAUCACUUUGGUGGCACGAGACGAGGAUAAGUUGCUUCAGGCAAAGAAAGAAGUGGAGAAAUUUGCCAUCAAUGACAAGCAGGUGGUGCUCUGCAUCUCAGUGGAUGUUUCCAGUGAUUACAGUCAGGUGGAAAAUGUGAUAAAACAGGCUCAAGAAAAGCUAGGUCCUGUUGACAUGCUUGUGAACUGCGCUGGAACUUCAAUUUCUGCGAAGUUUGAGGAAGUCGAGGUGGAUCGCUUUAAAAAACUGAUGGAAGUGAACUACCUGGGCAGCGUUUACCCAACACGAGCCGUCAUAACCACCAUGAAGGAGCGAAGAAUGGGCCGCAUCAUGUUUGUUUCCUCCCAGGCAGGCCAGAUCGGUCUGUUCGGUUACACUGCCUACUCCCCGUCUAAGUUUGCCCUGCGAGGCCUUGCUGAGUCGCUGCAGAUGGAGAUAAAGCCCUACAAUAUCUACGUGACUGUGGCAUACCCCCCUGACACAGACACUCCAGGACUGGCCGAAGAGAACAAGACAAAGCCUCUAGAGACCAAAUUAAUCUCUGAAACCUCUGGAGUUUGUCAACCAGACCAAGUGGCCAAAAUUGUCGUCAGGGAUGCAGUGCAGGGGAACUUCAACAGCUCUGUUGGCCCAGAUGGUUACAUGCUAUCAGCACUCACCUGUGGAAUGUCACCUGUCACCUCCAUCACAGAAGGUCUCCAGCAGAUCGUCACCAUGGGAUUGUUUCGGACCAUCGCGCUCUUCUACCUGGGGAGCUUUGACAGCAUCGUGCGCCGCUGCAUGAUUCAAAGGGAGCAGUCGAAAGCAGCUGAUAAGAGGGAGUAACAGCAGCCUUACCUUCACCACACCCCAAUGCCCCCACCCCCUUUCCCACUGCCCUCCCAGCCAAUUCCUUCCUCCAGCUGUACAAGUACACAACCGUAGAUCGGGGGUGGGCAGGGGGAGGCCAUGUCACAUGCAUUUCUGAUGUCAACUUAAGCGCAGAUGGGGAUGGAAGAAAGUGGCAGAUGUUUACUUGUUGCCUGUCCAGUGACUUAUGUACUCCAUAGAAUUUAUAGCCAUUUUGAUUUUUUUCCAGUGACUUCAGUUUAACGUGUCCACCUGCUUCUUUUUGUGGAAGCAGCCUUAUUUUAGAAGAACGAGAGUCGACUAAACAUCUCGCAGCCUGGUUUUAAAGUAUGCAGGCUUCCCUGCCUCGUGCUGUUUUUUUUUUGUUCUCAGAGGGGAACAGCACCCUGUCUAACCGGUUGUGCCAAAUAUGGCCUAAUUUUUUUUUUAUUUUCCUUCAAACUAAAAGCUAUGGUUUAAAAAAGAGUGGUUACUAUCACAGAUUUCCACCUUUUCGAGAGUUUCUACAGUUUUCACGAUAUAAGCCCCUUCUUCCCCACCUUGUUCAUACUACAAGUCUUUGCAGGCAAAGCGCCUUCCUUUUCUUUUCUUUCUUCUUUUUUUCCUUUUCUUUCUUUCUUUCUUUCUUUCUUUCUUUUGGACUCAAUAACCUCUGUGUUUGGAAGCGGUCGUGACCCACAGCAGUUUGUUUAUGCUGCGAGGUAUUUUUGUUUUUUUGUGCAUGUGAGAUCUGAGGUCAUACAUGAUGCGGGAGAGACCUUAUGUUUUCGUUUUUUUUUUUUUAAUACAUAAAAUCUCCAUAUAUUAAUCAUUAUAAUAAUAAUAAUAAUAAUAAUAUUCAAAAAAUGUAAACAGUGUUGUGGUAAAAGAACUGUGGCUGAACUGUGUGUGAAAGUGUGUUUGCUGUGACUGAGCCGACCCCCCCCACCCCCCUUUGUAAAAGAGUAAAGCCAUUUGAAGUUUUUGUCUCUGGAAUAAAGACAGCUAAAUGUUUUCUUCAUCAUUCCAGCUAAGUAGGAAGGGAACGCAGGUACUAUGGGUUGAAGCCAUGAAGUUGUAAGAUUGCAGGGGGUUUAAAAAAAACAAAACAAAAAAAAAACCAGCAUGUAGUUUUCUGUUUCACUCGUGCACUUGUCCAGUUUUUGUUUUAAAGUUGUUAAAGGAAGCGUACUGUUUUUACUUGCAGUUGUAAAUGUCAGUGCACAUGCUCAGCCACCCCCCAGUGGAGAUCCAUAAUCUGUCAGGUUGUGUAAAUCAGGGAAGGUUAAGACUCGCUGGUUCGAGUCAUGUCUCUGUAAGUCUAGCGAGGGCGCUGGAGAGUCAUCUUGCAUAAUGGCCAAAAUUUCAGAGGGACAAGAGUGGUAGUUGUGAGCCUCAUCCCUCUUCUUUUAUUUAUUUAUUUUUUUUUUCUUUUUCCCCACCUGCAUUGACCCUGUCAUGCACCACUGGGACCUUGAAACUCCCUAAAUUACAAAUAUCGAUUCCUCCUGAUUUCUGUCAAGUCUUGAAAAAAAAACAUAUUAUUUUCCCAUCUGACUUUAUGGUUUUUGAAUACAGAUGGAGAUAGAAGAAAACACAAUAUUGACUCUCGCAAGUCUUCCUUUGGUCCAGUCGGGGAGAAUGUACUUUAUAACAAAGCAUACAAAUCAGAACAUAGGAAUAUUAUUUUUAAAUACACCAAUAUUUGAAUGCCAAAAUGUGUUAAGACAAUUUCUUUAGGUGCAACGCAUUUAUUUGUAGUUUAUUUUCGAUGUCGCUGCUCUUUUGAUCUUAGUUUGUAAAAGCUGUGGAGCAGUGCGGGGCCCAUUCAAAGCCUUAAAACGUGACUACUGAUGAAGCAAACGCUAUGAGAGUGGACCCGUCCGCAGAACAAUGUGACUUAACUCACGUGUGGUUUACUGAAUGAUUUCUUUUUUGUGACUUAUUUGGUGUGAAAUACCAACUGUUUUUUGUGUAUUUGGUCAAUUUCUAGUGUUUCUAUAAAAAAAAAAAGUCUUACUGAAAUCCAAGAUAUGAAAGUGAGAAUGGAUGACUCAUGUUUGAUGAUGUUCUCAUUUGAUAUUGGUUAAAGGCAUACUGUCCCGCACUCAAGAGCUUUCCAUAAAUGUACAUUUACUGCUUUCAGAAGUUCUCUUUUACCUUGAGGUAGCAACACACUGUUGAUAGAACAUGUAGCUCAUGUAAAAGCAGUUUUUGUUUUCACUAACACUAUUUUAAGCUAUGCAAAUGAAGCCUCUGCUUUCAAUAUGUUUAAACAUACAGUAAAGAUUUAAGUUCUGUAAGAGUCACGCUAGUUUCUCCUGUUUAAUGGUGUCACUGUCAGAUACUUAAUGGGUUUAAAAGUAUUGAACAUAAAAGUCAUACUGCACUCUUUUUUUUUUUUCUUUGCUUUAUACUCUUUCUGCCAAAAAGCUUAACACCUUCACCUUGUGUGCCAUUGAAAGAAACCGUGAGGAGUGGAACAUUUCUUUGUCUUAUUUUCUUACAUGAUAAACUAAAUAAAUACCUGUGAGGGAAACUAAA